GGCCAGUUGACAAGGUGAUUGCGAUUUGCUGAGCUGGCAAAUGCAAAACAAGAUGAUGAGAAGUACUGGAGAAAGUAAAAAAUCAGACAGAAAGAAUCAAGCAGUGUCUGCUGGCAGUGGAUUAUACGCAAUACCUGAUGAUUACGACCUGUAUCUGAUGAAACUUAGUGAUAGAAAUAGAAAACUCAAACAUCUACGACAGAAGAAUCCAGAGCAGGUUUGCCUAGAGAAGAGAGAGGCAGGUUUUUCUGUAUACAUUAAUGGCGAGCAUUCAUCUUCUUCUCAAAAUCUCAAGAAAAGAGACACUAAAACAGCCGACACAAAGAAGAGAAGAGAACCGACUCCGGAUCUGGAUUUAUUAAGAAAGAGUCAAUCAGGUAGAAGAGGGUGGGGUCAAGACUCAAUUGCCGUCAGAACUGAAAGCGGAGAUCCUAUCACUAUUGACGUUCCUUCCUCCUCUGUAGUAUCAGAGGAUUAUGAUGAUGAUGAUGAUUUUGAGAGUGAAACUACUAAAGAAGACAUUGAAGAAAUGAUAGAAUCUGACAGUAUUGAAGAAGAGGAGGAGAGCUCUGAAACAGCAGCUAAUACUCAGUCACCAUCUUUACUAUAUUUUCAUUCAUCUCAAAACUCCAAUAUAGCAGUAACCCGGACACUUAGUGCUCUCUCUCGCAAGGCUACUUCAAGAAAUGAAGAUAGAGUAGACGAUAGUUUAAAUGAAGCGGCAGACAAUGGUCAAGAAAGACUGAGUGUAGCAUCAUUGUUUAAAGAUAAGAAUUCACAGCAAGACGUGGAAUCAGUUCAGUAUCAUAAAGAAUCAUUAUCUCAUCAUUUUAAGCAUAAUAUCGAUUCGUGUUCUGUUCAAAAAGAGUCAAACUUUGAUCAACAGGAUUCACUCACUGAUCAACAGGAAUCAUUCUCUGAUCAACAGGAAUCAUUCUCUGAUCAUUGUGAUGUACCUUCAAAUCAAAAUCUAACUUCUCUCUCUCCUCCUUCACCUCCCCAUCCUCCUCUCUCUCCUCCUUUAUCUCCCCAUCCUCCUCUCUCCCCUCCUUCAUCUUCGCAUCCUCCUCUCUCUCCUCCUAAUUUCUCUACACUCCUCCAAAGAGCAUUCCCCGAUGAGAGUGUGCCACAUCAUUCAUUGUCAUUAGCUUUGUUAUUAAAAAGAAAAGGAUUAUUAGCUGAUGAAACCUCUAGACCACGAUCAGACCAAUCAACUAGCAGGAGCAAUAACAAUAUGAAUGAUACAUGCAGUAGUGAUGAGAGAAAAAGAAAUACUAGAUCAGCUAAGAGCUUGCAUAGUUUUGACCUGGGGGACAUUAGUACUAAUAAAGAGCCUCCUCCUCCUCAUUCAGUGGCUCUUGAUUCUCUCUUCUCCUCUAAACCCUCGUCCCUGAUGGUGUCCCAACACAGACCAGAUAAAGAAAGUAAGGAUGAAUCAAACAGGAGAAACUCACCACCUGCCAAUCAUGAAAGUGAAACAACAAGUCUACCUACAUUCCUUGAUUCAAAUAUCCCUGCGCCACCUGCUCCAAGACUAGCAACAGCUACGUUGAGUAAAGGGCGUCGUCAGAUACAGUGUGGCGAUGGUAUCCAGUGGGUGGUAUCAGCUGAAGAAACCGAGAGCUCUCCUUCAUUAACGUUUAUAUCACACCCACCACACCCACCUUGCAUUGAAAGUGACGAUUUGACAUUACAGGAUGAGUUAAGAUCAAGCGAUCAGUUGAGAUCAAGCGAUCAGUUGAGAUCAAGUGAUCAGUUGAGAUCAAGUGAUCAGUUGAGAUCAAGUGAUCAAUUUAAUAUCAGCGAAUUGAGGGAAUCGAUUCAAAGAUUUGAUAGGAGACGACACUGGAAUGACAUGGCAUCAAGCGAUCAAGAUGAUAUCUUGCAGGAAUUCCUUAUGAAACACAGAGAGACAGACGCUAAUGAGCCAAAAGACACUCCCCUCUCCUUCCCACCUCCUCCAGUGACCAGUGACCAGUUUAAUAUACCAGUGUUACCCACCGGUAGCCAGUUGACACUCUUUAUCAAUAGUACAUGGGGCGAUAGGUAUUACGUUGGUCUGACUGGUAUAGAGAUAUUCAAUGAGAGAGGGAAUAUACCUCCUACACAAGAUAUAACAGCAUCUCCUCCAGACAUUAACGUAUUAUCAGAAUAUAACGAUGAUCCGAGAAUUGCUAGUAAUCUACUGGAUGGCAUUAAUGAUACACGGGAUGAUCUUCACAUGUGGUUAGCUCCAUAUCUUCCUUAUAAGGACCAUCAAAUUAGGAUACUUUUUAAAGAACCAGUUACCAUUGCAAUGAUCAGACUAUGGAAUUACAACAAGUCGAGGAUUCAUUCUUACAGAGGUGUGAGGGACAUUGAAAUUUAUUUGGACGAGCUGAAAAUUUUCGAAGGAGAAAUUAAAAGAUCCACUGGUGGUGAUAUAGGAGGAGCUGAGAAUAAUUCAGAAACUAUAUUAUUCACAGUUGAUGAGGAUGUCUUGGCGUUAAUUGCUUCAAAUGAUUCUAUUUAUCUCAAAAACUGCAUUAGCAGGGAAUCCAUUAAAAGAGAGAAAAUAGGAGAAGGAGAAAGCAAUGAGGAGAACACUGCUUCAUAUAGCAGACCUUUGACAUCAACUAGUCAACAUAAUGAUUGUUUGGAGGGAAGACCAGAGACUGAUCCAGCUGCUGUCAAUGAUAAUGUACUGAUGUCUCCUUUACUUGAUGAUAUUUGUACAGGGAACUGGAAUGAAAUAAUUGGAAAUAGCAUUUUAUUGACACUCUUGUCCAAUUGGGGUAACAAGGAUAGGAUUGGAUUGACUCAAAUUCAGUUGCUUGAUUCUGAUCUCUCCCCAAUCUCACUCUCACCCUCACAACUCUCACUCUCUGACUCCGCCGAGUCCGCCCACACACUAACGAAUAAUGACAACAGUUCCUUGACCAAUCUCUUGAAUGGUGUGACCAUGACAACUGAUUCAGAGUACAUGUGGUCGGCAGGAUACUCAGGAAGUGGGAUUGACUUAAAAAUAGAACUAAAGGAAGAUUUGAAGUUAGGAGGAAUCAUCAUUUGGAAUUAUAACGAGGAGAUGUCAACUGGAGUCAAGUUACUAAGAGCACAUGUAAAUGAAAGACUAGUAUCACCUUUGAAUGGGUUCUUGUUGAGGAAAGGUCCUUCUAAUGACCAUUAUGAUUAUGGACAGCUGCUCAAGUUUAUGCUCCACCCACACGACGACAGACCCUCCCACAUCUCAACCAACCUGCCCUGUGGAUUUGUGUAUCAGAUUCAGCUAUUGAGUACAUGGGGUGAUCAGUAUUACAUUGGAUUAACUGGUGUUGAGAUCAAAGACCAAGAUAAUAAGACAAUACCACUUUUGCCAUCAAAUAUAGCAGCUUAUCCUGAUAGUGUCAAUGUAUUGCAACCACCCAACAGUAUAAGAGAUGUCAGAACACCUGACAAGCUGAUUGAUGGAGUCAUAGAUUCGCACGAACCUCAACACAUGUGGCUCUCACCAAUAUUACCUGGAAUAUACAACACUGUUUAUAUUAUUUUUGAUAAACCCCAAACACUCUCAAGCAUUGCUAUGUGGAAUUACGGUAAAACUCCUUCAAGAGGAGUCAAAGAGUUUUCGAUAUUAGUAGAUGAUUUAUUAAUACACACCGGUCAAAUGAUGAUUGCUCCUUCUCCAUCUAGUGGCAUACUGCCAACUGUAUCUCCUCCAAUAGCACCUCAUUUAGUCCAUCUUAAUAUGGAGUGUGAUGAGGCUUUGUUGAUUCAGCAUAAUGAUGAUACUGUAAGUGGUACAGUUAGUUCAGUUACUGCUGUAGCAGCAACAAAAAGAAGUCCAGGGAGACCAGUCACUGCAGUCCAAUGCCCUAACAAUGCUAAUAAAUUUACAAGAAAGCGAUAAGCAGAUAUUUAAUCUCGUCUCUUUCUCUCUGUCUACUGUAUGUGCAACUUAAUUCACUAUUGAAUCAUAAUUCUUUAGUAUUCCAGCAUACAAUGUAUUUUGAUUAUCAUUAUUAUUAUUGUUCAUAUUCAAUCUAUAGACCUUUCCACAGCUCAUCAAU